AUGUGGGCGCUUCUCUUGUGGGUCACAUCUGUGGCGGGAGAGUGCACUGGCCAAUGCCAAAGCAUCGUGGCAGGUGUUUGUCCUCAAACGCCCAGCCCCUCGAGCUGUGCUGCUGUCUGGGAAGCCUUCUUGGAGAUCAUGGCGCAGAACACCCAAGCAUUGCCACCCAACGCGGAAGGCAGCAAGAAUCAGGCGCGCUUCCUGCGCUGGCGACAUUUGGCCCACCGGGGGCAGAUGUUGAGCAAGUCCAUGCUGCGGCCUGAGUGCUGGAGAAGUGUUCCAGACCCGGAAAGCAUGGAGCUUGGGAGCGAGAGGCCCUGUUUGAGCUCUCAGUGCUUGCUGGACAGCAGCUGCCACAAGCGUCACGUGAUCUCGGAGCUCUUGACGCUGGCGAAGCAGAUCGACCGAUCCGUCGCCUUGCAAGUCUACGAAGCGACGAAGGAGCUUUUUGCGUGGCAACGCUUUGAGCAGACGCCCAUGCUUUUCUAUCCAUCCUUCAAGGCACAGGUGUGGUUUGGCGAGGAGGACUAUCCCGAGCUUCUGGGCGCGGUGCGGAAACACUUCAUGGAGAUCAAGGAGGAGUUCUUGAGAUCGUACCACCUCCGCUCCGGACGCCUCACUCCUGCCGAAGAGGAGUACAGCGGCCGGCAGGGCUGGUGGUGCUGGGAGGUUUGGUCGGCACUCGAGGGCUGGGUGAAGGAGCGGUGCGAGCAGAUGCCAACGCUUUGCCGGGUCUUGAGGCAGCACUUGCCUGCAUCCAAAUCGAGUACCCUAGCGGCGUAUCUUCAAGAAGAGGUGGCUCUCUUCGGCUUGCCGCCGGGCGAGAAGUUCUUCGCACCCCACAACGACGGCAGCAACGCCCGCGUGGCGCUGCUGAUGCCGCUGACGCACGGGCGGUACAGCGCUCUGGAGGUGAACGGCGAGCGCCGCGCCUUCGGCGGCGACGGCCAUGUGCUGGGCUUCGAUGCCUCGAUGGACCACUUCGCCACGUACGAGGCUCCGCCGGGCGUGUGGGACGAGCGCUGGGUCUUGUCCAUCGCCGUGUCCCAUCCGCAGUUCGACCGGCAUUUGGCGGAAGGACGUCUGCAGACGCCUCGGCCGGAUGUGCAGAUCACCGCGGAUCCGCAUCGGUGGCCCCGUGCGAAGGAAGCCCCGAACGUGGCUGGUUGGCUGGAGCUGCUGGAUGGAGCGAAGAACGUGGUGCUUUUAGGAUCUCACGCGAUGCUGGCCGCCAGUGCCCCGCUGGUGGUCCGCAGUGGUGCCAGCACGGUGGUGCUUGGCUGCGAGGAGUGCGAUGAGUUGGGCCGGACGUUGCAUCAGAAGUUGUCUGCUCUGCCGGAGGUGGACCGCCUGGUCUUAGUGGAACGGCAGCGGUUGUGGGAGGCGCUGGAAGUGCAGAGCAUUGAUGUGCUGGUGGUGGAUGAGGACCGUGUAGACGACCUGCUCUUCCUGGAGGGAAAGCAUUGGCGUUUCACUGGCCCUGCGCUGGCCGGUCUCAUGAAAGCCUGGCGGAGCUCCAGCUCGCGCGUGGUGGGGAUCCAUCUGCCGGCGCCCAGCCUCCCUGCAGGCUACACGCUGACCUUCGGCGAGGGCUUCUGGUGGUUUCAGCAGACGAAGGUUCCUUCCUCGACGGCUUCCGCGGACCUCGCGACGAGUCCGAGUCCGGUCCUGGCCCCCUUCGGCGCUACGGCACGCGUGGCCGCGGGGGCCGUGGAGCGAGGCCUUGAGGACACGCCAGCAGUGCUCUUGGGGCUUAUGGCCCGCUACGCGUCCAGCAAUGCCCAGCUGGCCCUGCGCUGUGAUCCAGGCGACCGCGAAAGACGCGCGGAGACCGCGCGGCUCGUCACGUCGCGCUUGGACGUGGCGCAGCAGGCGUUGCGGAGCCGGCAGCCGGAUGGUGAGCUUCUGAUCCAGGCUGCAGCCAGAGAGCUUGUGCAGACCAUCGCGAAGGUCCACAUGCCGCAUUCCUGCUCUGUGCCUCUGCGGGUGGUCCCAGUAAAGGGAAGACACGAAGGAUCGGUACCUUUGAUCGGCUUUGGCACGCACGAGCUGCGAGCGUUGGAGUGCUAUUCAGCGGUGCGCUCGGCCUUGGAGGCUGGCGUGCGGCACAUAGACACUGCGGAGAAUUAUGGGAACGCCGAGGACCUUGCCCGGGCCAUGCGCGACAGUGAGGUGCCCCGCGAAGAGAUCUUCGUGGCCACCAAACUUUCAUCAACUGGACUGGACCAGGCCUCCUCCUACCGAGCUCUGGCCUCCGAGUUGCAGCGCCUCGGAGGGGCUGCGGACUUGUGUUACCUGCACUUCCCCAGCGAGAAGAACCUACCUGCCUGGCGCGCCUUAGAACAGCUACAGCAGGAAGGCCGCUGUCGACAGCUGGGCCUCAGCAACUUUGGCCGUGCAGAACUUCAGCAGAUUUGGGAGCAUGGUCAGGUGAAGCCGGUGGCUCUGCAGAUCCAGUUCUCCAUCUAUGAGCCCCCGAGCAACGCCUUCCUCCGGUGGCUGGCAGCACUUCCGGGCAAGGGCCUCACAGUGGUGGCGGCCAGCACGCUGAACCCGGAAGCGACUGGUGCGCUGAACCCCAUGGAGGACCCGCACGUGCAGCAGAUAGCAGCCCGACAUGAUAAGAGCUCUGCGCAGGUUCUGCUGCGCUGGCUGGUGCAGCAGAAGGUGGCGGUCCUACCACGCAGUCGCCAAAAGCAGCACAUUCAGGAGAAUUGUGAUUUGGACUUCGUUUUGACGGACCACGAGAUGACUCACCUCUCUGGCUUGGCCACACUGGCGCAAGACCUCGGGGCCGCCGAAGACUCAGUGCGGCCAGAGGGUGCGGUGGAUGUCUUCGGGCUGCGAGGGAUGUCUUGA